AUGCAUACUAGUAGUAUCAUUGUAUUGAUUGUAUCUGUAUGUUUUCUCAAAAUAACUCACAGCAUCGAUUUUCAAGCUAAUCGACAACUUGGCUCUAUGAUAUUUUUUUUAUCUGGCCAAAAUCCAAAUGAUUUUACCAAUUACGGUUGCUGGUGUAGUAACAAAGAUAAACCAAUUCAUGCUCCAUUAGAUGAAAUUGACGAGUGUUGUCAACACUAUCAAACAUGCAAUACUGUUCAAACGAACCAUGCAACGUCUUAUCCAUACAAAGCUUCCUACGAAGAUGGAACUAUUGAGUGCUUAAAUAAUAAAGAAACUAAAGCUCAUCGUCAAUGUGAAUGUGAUAUUGUGCUGGCUAAAUGUUUAAGUAAACAUCAAAACGUUUAUACCACUAAUUUAUUAUAUAUUUCGGACAAUCAAUGUAAUCCAGGAAUUGUACUCAAUUUCGAUGAUUUACCUACAAAUGCUACUUCAAAAAAUGUGCCAGAAAAUUAUUAUAAUUUCACAUUUACUGGUGGACUUUAUACAACUCCCAAGGAUACAGGUAAUCCACCACGUCCCAGUGGUUACACUGUGGCAAUGGUCAGUCCUCCUAAUGUGUUAAUGAGUCAAAAUCAAAUGACAAUUAAACGUACCGAUGGACGAGCAUUUUCUAUUGUUUCAUUUUCUGCAGCAGCCGCUUUUGUUGCUAAUCUUAAAUUGAAUUUAGUCGGUUCUCGCCAAUAUUCGCCAAUACUUUUCAAUGAGACUGUUUUUCUUCAAAUUGAUACUCGUAAAACCAUUGAACUCAAUUGGUCAGGUAUUGAUAUGAUAACAUUCACUGGCACAGGUGGUUCAAAUUAUCCAACUUAUUCAAAUACAUGUGGCAAUUGUCAUUUUGCCAUGGAUGAUCUUCGAUUUCGCCUAUGA